AUGGACGAUGGUGCAACCGGGCCACUGGCUAUUUGGCUACAUGGCAACGGGAAGCGUACGCCGGGCAUCGCAUGUCGCGUCGUCGCCUCAGUUCGCAGCCGACACGUGGCUGCAUUUACGUGCGUCUCGUCCGAAACGAGGAAGCGGUUCGAUCGACUGAAUGCCCUGUUUCUUAAUAAAAGACACACGUGGUCUACCGGGCCAGUGGCGCACGGGUUCGACCCGGGAACAACGACGAAGCCGUUUCUUGCAACGCCAAGGCUUGCAAGUCAUAAUAUGGACUACGAACGACACGUCUCAACGUGGCCGUAA